CCAUGUUGGUUGGGGGUCUCAGGAGAUCAUAUGUGUGGCAUAUGGCACAACGCUUACAGCAUUUGAUUGCAUUUUGCAAACUAGCAACGACCCUCAUACCGGGGGCGAGCGUCACGAUUGGACAUCCAUGAGCGUUUCCAUCCUUUUUGAAUGCUGAUGUGGGUUAUUUCGCGAGGACAGAAGACGUCACACGUCCGAUAUGGCCGGGCUCCACGCACGGCACGGCAGGUAGCCAUGCAGCGUAUGAGAGUGCCAGGCUGUCGUGUGUGAUUGAUGUGCGCGCGGGGUCGUAGGCACUGGCACGCAUGCAUGCGUCAAUUGCUAGUCGCUUGCCGCGGACUGCUGCCUCGACACUGCCUGUCGCCGUGCAAUACCGUAAACUGCAUGUUGCAAUGCUGGCCCCUGAAAUGACGGCGGCAGCGCGUGGGGCGACGUGGCGGCGGCGCCUGGCGUGUGACUGGGCGGCUUUUGAGUUGGAUGCAGGGCAAGGCAUUGGCGAAUGUACGGCACGUGCUCUGUGGAAGGGCAGCCGGCUAGGCGGAACUCCCUGCCCGGAUGGUAGCUACGUGUAUGAAGAGCCACAGUUCCAAUACUAAGCAAUCUUCGUUUGGUGCAUGCAUCCUGGCAGGCAGGACGGUUUGCCCUAGAUUGUCGCGCUCCGUCAUGGCAUUUACAUCGCGCACGCCGUUGCUGGUUUAUAUCACAGACACUGGUUUUUCAUGCAUUCCUUUUGACAAGAUCGUAGCACUGCGUCACCCCUGUGUGUCACGACAUUGGCAUCGGCCCAUGUGUAUGGAAAAAGACGUGUGUGCUGGACAGCAGAAUGUGUGUGGAUACAGAACAUGUAUGGACGUGUGCCUCGUUCCAUUGACGAGUUGUGGCACCGGGGCCUCGCGGCCGCUUCCUCACUCAUCCGGGGGUUGCGCAGCAUCAUGCAAUGUGUGGAAGUCCACAGAUGCAAGACCUUCGUCGGUGCCAUGUGUGCGUGUGUAUGCGUAUGUCCUUUUUCGUGCAUUUGGUUAGGAUUCAGCGCGUCAGUGUCGAAAACAAACAGAUGCCCUGUUUCAUGAUGCAUUUUCACCGCACACUGCGUGUCGACAAUUGCUGAAGCGGUUUUCAAUGGGAGGGCACAUUGAUAGCGUGGGUCUGGAGCCCGCUUGCAGCAGAUGCAUGGAACAGAGUUUAUAUGCGCAUGUGUGCAGGCUCCUGCCAUCGAGCCUUUGGGCGAGAGCCACGAAAGAUGUACUCAUGACUAGGUACCAGGUAGAGCGGCCCGUGUGUGCCGGUGGAGUGCGACGUCACUGGCGAGAGGCCAGAGCGGCGCCAGGCAGGAACGGACGUCGCGGCUCGACCGGCACGCAGCCAACGGUACCUGUAAUCAGCGGGAUUAGAUUUCGUUUGUUGGAUUAAGGCGCAUCCGGUGAGGUAGGACGCGAGGAUACAGCUAGGCGGAGUGCUUCUUGCAUGCGCCGAUCGUAUUGCACGCGGUACAUGAUACGGUGCGUGGAAUGCGGUGUACGAUUACUCGGUGCACGAAGGUCCUUUGUGUUGGUUCCAUCUAUUGUUGUCGGGUGAUGUUCUCCAGGCGGGCUCCGAACGGGGUGCUGUGCGUGUGAUGGACCAAGCCCAAAGGGCAAGGCCGGAUGGCGCACAUUGAAGCAUUUCGUUAUUUGGUGGAAAACGUGGCGCAGGGAACAGCUGCCUUCUGGAAGCAGCUGCCUCCUGCUCGUACCGCUCCGUACCAGUAUGUACUGCGAGCCGCCCGGGGUGGGCCGGUGAAGUAACCGCGAAGCCACA